AGCAGUGAGUCUCCUCCCUGUUAGCCACGCCCACUCGAAGGUGAUACAAAGUUUAUUGGAGCGCGAGUAGGUCCGGUCUCACGCGCUCACACACUCACCAGCACCGGUAGACUGGAUGUCAGUGUAACAGCGAUGUCUCUGUCGGAUCAGAGUCUGCAGUUUUUCCCGGUGAGCGCGCGGGUGUCGGCGGUCCGCGCGCGAGGCCUCCGGAUCAAAGGGAAGGACGGCACGAACGACGCGUACGCGGCGCUGCAGGCGGGCCGCGAGACGUUCCGCACGCCCGUGUCGGAGAAGCGCGCGGAGCCGGUGUGGGGAGGCGAUGACGCCGCGUUCAUCUUCACGAUGCCGCCCGAAGCCGCCGACCUGCAGGUGCGCGUGCUGCACCGCGUGCCGCUCGGGGCGGACAAGCUGCUCGGACUGGCGGUCGUCGACGUGCACGAGCUCCGGCGGGACAGCGAGCGCGAGAACCCCCAGUGGUUCAAGCUAUUAAACAAAGCUGGGAAAGCCGAUAAGGAGCGCGGUGAGGUUCUGCUGGACGUUCAGUUCCUGAAGAGCAGCAUGAGCGUCAGUAUGAUCGACCUUUCCGAUAAAUCACACUCGCGCCUUGGAAAGUUUAAGGAUAAACUGCGGGGCAAAAAGAAAGACGGUCUGAGCGACUCGGCCUCCGCCAUUUUGCCUUCCGUCACCCAGGUGCUGACGGACAGUGAGGGAGAGAUGGAUGGAGAUAAAGAUACAACAAAAAAGAAGAAGAACAAGCUGAAGUCUCUUUUUGUUCCGAAAUCCAACAUGAAGCGUAACUCUUUGUCCCAGUCCAUGUCCGCAUUAGGAACGCUUCCAGAUAAAAACUCCUCCAUCAGCUCGAGUACAUCCUCAGGCCUCAAUGUGGAGUCUUCUGAAGGAAAGAAAAAGAAGAAAUUUACCUUUUUAACACACAAGCGGACUGGCAGCACAGACAGCAAAGCGUCCAAUCAGAGUGACGUCACCAAUGGCUCGACCAAUCAGAACCCUGCAUCACAGAUUGAUAUUUGCAUAAAUGGCAGCCAUAUUUACAAAGAAGAAACCCAAAGUGAAGAAGUGCAGGAAAUGGACGAGGAGGAGGAGGAGGAGGAGGAGGAGGAGAAAAUGAGGAAGAAGGGGAGAAAUGGAGAAGAGAGAGAGAAGAGCAGGAGAUUGCUAAGGAAGAGAAGAAACAAGCAGAGAACACAAAUGAUGGAGGAGGAAGAAAGAGAAAGUGAAAAGGGCCAAGAUGGAGAGAAAGUUAGCAGAAGAGAAAGAAGCCAGGAGGAAGAAAAGAGAAGGAUAGAGAAAGAGAACGAGACAAGACUUAAAGAAGAAGAACGAGUUCGAGAAGAAAAAGAGCGGAAGAGGGCAGAGAUGGAGCUGAAGAGAAAAGACGAGGAGAAGGAAAGAAGGAAUAUGGAGAUGGAGGAAAAGAAAAAGAAGGAAAAACAGAUGAGAGAAGAUGUUUUAUUUGAAGAGAGAGUCACCAUGCAAUCCACAGACUUCACUCGUUCAGCCAGAAUCUCCAACGUGAAACCGAGCGUAUCAGUCCCUGCGACAGUUUCUCAACCAUCUAUGGUGAACCGCAACCCCUUUUUGGAUGACGAUUUAGAUUCCAGCAUUUUGGAAAACGUCUUGAGUGUUGAGACAACUGCUAAAAAAGGCCCUGCCCCAUUACCUCCACAUGAGAAACCACAGUUGACUGGACCAGAUGGUUCCCAUUUAAAAGACAUCUCAAAACGUCCAGCACCCCAGCCACCAGGUAUGCUGAAGAUGACUGGGAAAUUAAUUGAUCAACCAGGGCCUGGUCAAGAAGCAAAGAAAAACCCUGAGAAACAUUACGAGAGCAAAGUCACAUCGGUCUCUGAAGAUGACACACAAGCCGAUACUAAUCCUUUCACGUGUGAUGAAUCGGUGGCUGUAAAACCUGGCCAGAUACCAACACCAAAACCAAGAAUGAAGACUGGUACUGUCCACCUGGGAGAAACAGAAACUAAUAGCAAUGGAAAUCCAUCAAUACUGAGGACAGCAAAUGAUAUUACAGCCGAAGAUGUCAAAAGUAACCUUAGUGAUAAUCUGUCAGAAAGAAAAGAACAUCUGGAGGACAAAGUUGAGCCUGCAAAACCAAACGAUCUAUCAUAUGUGAAUCAGGAUGUUUAUCCAGAACCUCAAAUUUCCAACCUUGCUGGACUGCUAAACAGUGAAAGCUCUCAAAAGAAGUCUCGAGCUCCUCUUCCUCCUUCUAAACCCAAAAGAACUGGAGAUCUAAGCAGACCACAAACAAUGCCUUGUCUUCCAAACAAGACUAACCUUGAACAAAGCCACGAGAGCCGUGGGAAUCAGAAGGAAAAAGAUAAUGCACGAUUUUCAAGUGAAAUACGUUCAAUCAACACUUCAUCGGCCACAGGUCCAUCCUUAACGUUCAGUCCACUUACUGAAAAAUCACAGGUCAUGAAACCUUGUGCUGCUAAUUCAGUGGACAUGGGUUCUGGUUCUCAGUCUAGGACUUUGCCAUGGGCUAAAGUGGUACCCAAUGAUGCAGGUGAAGUAAAGGAACAAGUUGUUCUAACUUCAGUAAUCAGGCAGCAUGCUGUGAAACCUCUAAGCGCUGCAGAGACUCAGCCAGAAAUGUAUGAAUCUCGAGUAUCAGACAAAACGCAGCCCAACACAAAGGUUGCGGAAGCUGUAAAAGGCCCAUACUCUCAGUUGACACAGGCCGAGCUGAUCUCUCUGGUGUUACGGCAGCAGGAGCAGCUUUCUCAGCGUGAUGCCAGGAUCCAGGAGCUGGAGCAAUACAUUGAUAACCUGCUGGUUCAUGUGAUGGAAGAAAAGCCGAGCAUUCUGAUGAGCAUGAACGCGAUGAAAAAAUCUGUGUGAGCACUGAAACAGCAGGAGGUGUUAAAGAAACCACACUGAGAUCGAAUUAAUGCUUCAUACUGCAUUCACAAAGAUAUAAACUCUGACAAUCUACAGACUUUUCUAGUACAGCACUUCCUGCAGAGCAAAGUCUCUCGGGUUACGGUGUUUAUUACUGAGAUAAACAUGGAGUUAUUUUCCUCCCUGCUCUUACUACAUGUCACAGGACCGAAUCAAAUAUAUAACAAUUUCUUCCUUUCAUUUCCUUUUUAGCAAAGCUCAGAUUUUGUUCACGGUUGCACAGAAGAGCGUUCUGUACCUACUGUCUUUGUUUUAUGUAAAAAGGAAAGAAGUGACUUGUAAAACUCAGUAUUUAACCUUCUUCAUGUUCAUGUGUAAUAUAUCUGCAGUAUGAGUGCAGUAACGUAUCCCUAAAGCACUUUCAUCACAUUUUCUUCUCUUUGGAAUCUGUAAAUAUGAAUAAUUUGUACUUUAUAUCUGUUCAGUUGAACAGUUGACGUGCUGUUAUGCAUACUGAAAUAAACACUUUGCAAUAAA